UCAUGCAGGUAUGUGUUAAAACUUUGAAACGUUGCUCCUCCUAGUGGCCGGAUGUGACAUUGAACCAAGUAGAGCCAAUCAUGCAGCACGGUUUGAUACAAAGCUUUGGUAAAACAACAACAACAACAACAACAACAACAACAACAACAACAGCAAUUGUCUGAAUUUUCCUUCAUUUUGCUGUAUAUGACUGCGAUUAUACCAUUUUUCGUGAACGAAGUCUCAGACACAGGACUUAUGCUACAUUGGUAUGGUUGUUAUGGCUUUGGACUACUGCGCAGAAUGAUGUAGGAGUUGAAGGAGGGAGCCAUGAGGAUCUUGUUGUGCUCCGUUGUGCUGCUGACCAUCUGGUCCAGUCAUGGAGUUCGACUGGAGACUGCUGAAGUAGGUGAGAUGUGUCCAUCUAUACAGGUCGAAGACUGGAAAUUUCCUCAGACUGCCAGACACAACAUCACAGGUUUCAAUCUGGUGCAGCGCUUUUCCCUGAUGAAGAACAGUGAUGUGAAGAAGAUACGUAACCCACGAGGGCCCGUCAUCCUACGCUUGGGAAAAGUUCGCCUCAUCCAGCCCACAGAUCAAGUCUUUCCACAUGGACUGCCUGAGGAGUUCACACUGGUCUUCACCCUGCAUUUUAAGGCCAAGGCUCUGAGGGAUAACAUCUAUCUUUUCCAGAUAUCUGACGAGCAAGGGUACCCACAGAUCUCGCUGGACCUGAAUGGGCCGGAGGGCACACUGGCACUGCGGACAUCCACUGCAGAACAGGAUGCCUUGAAAACAGGGUGUGUGUUCAGUGGUGAAGGUGUGCAGUCCCUAAUGAGCACAAACCUGCGCUGGCACAAAGUAGCUCUGAGUGUACAGAAGAACGCGGCAUCACUUCACGUAGAUUGCAGCUCUAUCGAGACGAAGCCACUGGAGCCUCGGGGCCGUGUCCCAGUUACUGGACACACGCUGUUGUUUAUGAGGGCCAGCAAUGCUGCUCCUGUCGAGAUGGACAUUCAACAGAUGAUGGUGUAUUGCGACCCGUCUUUGGCCAUCCAGGAAGCUUGCUGUGAAAUUCCCGGAGCUCGUUGCCCCCCAGAUGCCCCGAAGAGUCGUAGAGCGGCAGAGAACCUGGUGGAGAUUCUCCCAAACCCUUUCAGCCAGCCAAUCCAUGGAUCAAAAGAAUUGGCGGAAAAAUGCGCAGGCUGCGUGUUGAUCACUGAGGAUCAAAAUCUCGUCCAGGAAGAGGGUCAGCGUGGCCUGAAAGGAGAAAAAGGAGAGCGGGGUCUGGACUGCACCGGAGCUGGAGUUUCCGGUCGAUGUCCAGAAGGAGUGAAGGGGGAGAAAGGAGAGCCGGGUCUGUCUGGAAACUGGGACGCGGCUUUAGGAAUCAAGGGAAAUAAAGGACAGAAGGGGGAAGUCGGAUCCCAGGGUCUUACUGGAAAUCCAGGGAAAGAUGGUCGUGCUGGAUCUAUUUGUAUUGUGGGUCCUAAAGGACAGAAGGGAAACACAGGUUCUGUUGGUCCAGAAGGGCUUGCAGGAGAACCGGGGUUACCAGGAACUCCCGGACCUCCUGGCACUGGCACAUCAGGAAAACCUGGGAGCCCUGGACUACCUGGAUCAAAGGGAGAUAAGGGAGAUGCUGGGAUACCUGGGAACGAUGGAGUGACAGGUGAUCCUGGUCCAAGAGGUCCGGGUGGCUCCAAAGGUGAAAAGGGUGAACCAUGUGAAGCUUGUCCAGUGCUGCCGAAGGAUUUGAGUGAAACCACAAUUAUUCAGGGGAAGCCUGGUCCCAAAGGAGAACCUGGAGCACCAGGCAAAGCAGACCAGGGUUUGCCUGGAUCUCCAGGGAAUGACGGAAAAGCAGGGGAAAAGGGAGAGCGAGGCAUAGAAGGGGCCAAAGGGGAAAAGGGCGAGUCGUGUGCUAUGUGCCCCACAAACAGGGGUAUUUUGAGCCAUCAGAGACAGCCAAUAAAAGGGGAAAAGGGGGAGCCAGGAAUUGGACAGAAGGGAGAACAGGGAGAACCAGGUCAAAUUGGACAAACUGGAGACAAAGGGGGAAAGGGUGAUGCAGGAGGCAAAGGCGCUGAGGGGAAAACUGGCAAACCUGGUCCAAGAGGUCUAAGUGGCAAGGAUGGACCGAAAGGAGAAAAGGGAGAUGAUGGUCAGUCUGGUUCACCUGGAGCCAAAGGUGAAAAGGGAGACUCAUGUGGUGUGUGUUCAAAUUCCCCAUCUGAAGUAAAAGGAGGACAGAUUAUGUUUAAGGUGCCAGGAGAGGGAAAUGAAGGCCCUCAAGGACUGAAAGGAGAUAAAGGUGAACAGGGUUUACAGGGAAAGACAGGACUAGCUGGGUCACCAGGGGCCCAGGGACUAACAGGGGAACCCGGGAGAGACGGAGUCAAAGGACAGAAGGGCGACGCCUGUGACAGCUGUCCGACACUUCCUGUGGAUUUGGGUGAUGUCGUAGGCUUACCUGGACCCAAGGGAGAGAAAGGAGAAGCAGGUGAACCAGGCAUGGGGAGGAAAGGUGAACAAGGAGCGAGAGGUAUUCCUGGACUUGCUGGUCCAGUAGGACCUCAGGGACCUCCUGGGAUUAUAGGAGCAGUUGGACAAAAGGGUCCGAAAGGGGAAAUAGGACCUGCAGGUCCUCAGGGGCCGAAUGGUGUCAGCAUAAAAGGACCUCCGGGAAGAGAAGGUUUUCCUGGCCCUCAAGGAAUCCCAGGAGCAGAUGGGAUACCAGGAGCCAUCGGACCUAAGGGUGACAAGGGAGAACCAGGAGACUGCAACUGUGUGCCAUAUACAAACCCACAACCUGGAAAACCUGGUGUCCCUGGUGGUGGUGGCACACUUCCAUUGCAGCCUGGUCCUCAGGGGCCUCCAGGACCUCCAGGCCCCCCAGGACCUCCGGGACCACAAGGAUUUACAGGGUUCCCAGGGCCACAGGGUCUCCCUGGCAAUGAUGGCUUACCAGGGAAACCGGGUCCGCCCGGCCAAGCAAUUCCAGUAGAAACCGAAUCUUCCAAUAACAAAAAGACGGACUGUGGAGACUGUUCCAAAGGCCUGCCAGGCGUACCUGGUGUACCUGACACUAAGCCUGAUAAGAGAGAUCAUGGCAAGCCUGGAGUUAUUUCUUUAGAUGGAUGUGAGAAGUGUCUCGAGAGGCUGCAGGAAGAGCAACCACAGAGGCCUAAUACCAACAACAGCCCUUGCCCAGGUGUGCCAGGGGCACCGGGCACCCAAGGGCCACCGGGGAUAAAAGGAGAUCUGGGGGACAGGGGUGAGAGGGGUCCUCCUGGUCUUCCUGGAACCCCAGGUAAUAUUGGAUUCCCUGGUCCUCAAGGCUCCCCUGGACUCCCAGGUCAGCAAGGGGAGAGAGGACCUCAAGGAUUAUCGGGACUGAAAGGAGAACAGGGUCCACCAGGAACUCCUGGAUACCCAGGAACCAUGGGACCACCUGGACUUCCAGGACUUAAAGGAGAACGAGGAAGUCCAGGCUCCGUAGGGCAGAAAGGGGAAUCAGGCCCACCAGGAUUUCCAGGUCAUCAGGGACCACAAGGCCCAGCUGGUCCCAAAGGAGACGGAGGAAUGACAGGAGCCAUGGGACUGAAGGGAGAUCAGGGUUUUCCAGGACCACCAGGAUUCCCAGGACAACAGGGAGCUCCAGGAAACCCAGGAAAAAUCGGUCCUGCUGGACCACCAGGACCAAAGGCAGAUCAGGGAAGUCCAGGACUUCAGGGUCCACAGGGACCUACAGGCCCUCCGGGACCUUCUGGAGGACCAGGAUUGCAGGGUGCACCUGGGAUGGAUGGCCUUGAUGGGAAAGAUGGAAAACCAGGAAUGAGGGGUGAUCCAGGCCUACCUGGCCCUAUUGGCCCCAGGGGAAUCCCGGGAUUCAAAGGCAUAAAAGGACACACAGGCCUUCCAGGACUGAAAGGAGAUGUCGGACCUCAAGGCCCACCUGGAGCAUCAGGUAGAUCAGGACUUGAGGGUGACCCUGGUCCACCAGGACCACAAGGACCACCUGGUGCUCCAGGACAUCUGGGUUCUGCAGGUCCGGCAGGUCCACCAGGACCAGCUGGAGCUCCCGGCACGGGAAUUCAAGGUGACAAGGGGGAGGCUGGAGAAAGAGGGCUGCCAGGAAUGAAUGGGCCUCCAGGAGCCCCUGGGCAUCCAGGACAGAUGGGAGAACCAGGGAAUGAUGGUGCAGCAGGGAAAGAUGGAGCACCAGGACUGCCUGGAGAAACUGGUCCACAAGGACAGAAGGGUGAGGCAGGGACUUCAGGCCUGAGGGGUCCUCCAGGAGAACGUGGUCGUCCUGGACCCCCUGGAGGAGCAGGAUACCAAUCUAAAGAUUCAGGAAUAGGAGUAAUGGGACCUGCUGGUCCUCGUGGUGAGAGAGGAAGCCCUGGAGCACCUGGACAGUCUGGACCUGCUGGACAACCAGGAAUGCCAGGAAAUGAUGCUGUUGUCAACUAUGAUGAAAUUAAGUCUUUCAUCAGACAACAGGUUAUUAAGAUCUUUGAUGAGCGAAUGGCCUAUUACAUGUCGCGCAUGCAGAUGCCAGUGGAAAUGGUAGCAUCCCCAGGUAGACCUGGACCCCCAGGCAAAGACGGCACUCCAGGAAGAGCAGGACCUCCAGGGCUUCCAGGGCGUCCAGGACAGUUCGGGCGAGAGGGUAGACAAGGACCUGUGGGCCCUCAGGGUCCUCCGGGUGUCAAGGGAGAAAAAGGAGAUAAAGGUGUGGGAGAGAUGGGAGACAGCGGACCCCCUGGUGCUCCAGGUGUUCCUGGAACCCCUGGUUAUGGUAAAAUGGGACCACCAGGCGCCACGGGACAGCAGGGCAUCCCUGGAAUCCCUGGACCACCAGGUCCAUCUGGAUCAAAGGGUAAAGAUGGCCGUUGCCAUCCAUCUGACUGCAUGAGUGGACCUGUGGAUUACAGUCCUAAGGGCCCACAAAUGAAAGGGCCCAUGUACUAGAGAGAGAUGAAUGAGAGUGAGGGGGAAAAAGGUGGGUAAGAAAUAGGGGAAAAAAUUACAAGAGCCAAAGAUCAACUAUACCAAAUCUGCCUGCUAUGUGCCUUUGAUGUGAUGGAGAACCGAUGGAGCUAAAGAGCAUUUUUGUCAAUAUAAUCAUGGCUGGGCCAGAUUGGUUUAUAAGCUAUUUCAAAAAGGUACCCAAAAUGUUCCCUGCAACUCCAAGUGCUAAUGCGAGUGAAGCCUCUUUCUCAGAGUUCAACUUUCUCUUAACAAAGCUUGAAUGAAAACUCCUGCAUUAAGAACCCUGAACACAAAGAGCAUUCCUUACUGGACUAUCACUACCUUGAACAUAUGAUCUGUGCUUCAUUGGCCGCGAUGAUGUUGUCUCUCUAAAGUUCAGCUAUUAAGCUGGUUUCACACUGUUCCCAGAAAAUUCACAGCUGUGAUUUUAAACACAUUCUCUUUGAUGCGGUACGCCCAAGAUCAUCUAAAGUUCAAACGCUUUCAACUUUUGCGUGACACUUUGCUGGGCACAGCCAUUAGCGGGCCAGGAGGCAUGGUAUUUUGCUCAGAGAAAGAUGGAAGAACUAAUAAAAUGUCUUCUUCCUUCUCUCCAGAGAGCAGCAUCCACUUUUGUGCCCAACCCAGCGCAACACUAUCCAUUUGUCACAACUGCAUCAUCACAGUUUGAAGCCAGCUUGAUUCUUUGCCAAUGUUUACUUUUUUUGUUCCAUCAAUUUAGUACCGUAAUGCUUCUGCAAAUCAUUUUCAUCAUUGUUUUCUUGGGUUUUUGUGGUACUGUAGCUGAUGAAUAUUGCGCUUUUUUUUAUUGCCUUCAUGCCCCAAACUGACUUAAAAGUAAUGAUCUCAAAUUUGAUUUGAACCAGAUUCUAAAUUUUGGAACUUGCCAUUCUCCAUUGUCCUAGCAUUAUGAUGUAGCUUGAUGUAAAGGCACAAAUGAGAUAUAAUUAUUCCUGUUUUCUUUGAGGCCUUAUGUUGUACAUAUUUGUAUUUAUAUGUAAUGGCUUUUUAUAAUACAUUUUGAACAGAUUGGCAUGUCGGCAUUUCAGUCCUUCUUUUUGCGUCUCAGAUAAUGUGGUAUUUGUAAUAGCGCUUCCGAGAUAGAUUUUUGUAAAUUGGUUGAAUUUAAAUAAAUCGAAGUUGAUAAUAACUUUAAUUGCAUAUUUCAGAGACCGUCAUAUUUAUUUGAGUUUUAUGUCAGGUGUCUCUCUUUGACCUUGUACACUGACACAUUCGAGACCUCUGCCACUUUAUAUAUUUUUUAAACUUGAAUAUUUUUUUUCUGAUAUAGUCAACCACUUUCAGGUUAAACCGAAUGUUCCUUCUAGAUAAAGAUUCAUUUGCUUUUGACAUGCGCUCAUCAGCUAGAAUUUCCUUCGCUCCUCGUCCAUCGUGAGAAAGCCACGUGCUUCAAACACCAUCAUCUACGGUUUUGAGUUUUCAUUUCAUAAUCUAAAAGCUUUUCUGAUCCCAUGCCAUUCAGCGUGUUGCUGUGUCAGCCAGGCUCCGACAAGAUCCAUUAACCAUCAGCACUUUAUCCUCUCUGUCAGACCUUCAGCUUCUGUGUGUUUCUGUACUUCUGUACUUGUAUAUGUGGCUGUCAGAUGACCGGAUGUCCUCACAUAUGUAGAUGAAUUUCUAUAUUAUCCACUUAUGAGGAUUAUUGAGCUUUUCCUCUCUUCGAAAAUAGAAAGUCAAGAUGUGUGAUUUAUUUUAGGACUGAAAAAAAAAAAACGUCACGUGUGAGUAACGGUCAGCGCAUGGUCCUUACAAGUACAGCAAUACAGGAAUGUGUGUGUGUGUGUGUGUGUGUGUGUGUGUGUGUGUGUGUGUGUGUGUGUGUGUGUGUGUGUGUGUGUGUGUGUGUGUGUGUGUGUGUGUGUGUUUAAGAGAGAGAGAGUGUGUGAGGUAAUGUGGUUUGUCAGAUUGUAUCUAACAUGGUACUACUUAAAGAUGCACUAUGUAAGAAUACAAUGUAAUAGCUUUAUUAGCUUUAUUUCCAAACUUGUUUUUAUAGAAGAUACCAUCAAAUUUAUAGCUCUAAUAAAAUCUGUGUGUAAUAUGUUAUAAAUCCUUUUAAUAUUAGAAAUCAAUGAAAAUGAAAUUAAUAUAACUAUUUCUGGAAAUUCAAAUGAAAUAUGCUAAUAUUGUCUUAUGUUAAAACUCGAAACUUAAAAUUAUUGCAUAGUGCAUCUAUAAAUCCAUCCGUUGUGCCAUUAAGGCCACCAUCGACUUUGUAUGGUUCUUCAUAUGUUGAGUUUCUAGUGAAAUUAAAGAGAUGGCUAAAUUUACAUUAUUAUAGCUACCAAAGGUUUUUGAUUGACAGUAAACAUCUUUGAUUUUUUUUUAUUCUAUUUUAUAUGCUUUAUAAUAGCCUACAAAAAAGCAAUUUAAAAAAAUGCCACCAUUACAUAUAGAUCCAAUUGUGUCAUCAAUGUGUUAGCUGUUUGUGUGCAAUUUUUUUUAAAGAAAACUAAGAAAAGCAAUAAAGUUCUUUUUUUAAAGCA